CAGGCGCGCUCUCUGCCCUGCCUACGGCCUUUCUAGCCAGCGAAUUGGGGUUCUCCCAUUACGAUAUUGCAAAGCGAGCGCUGAACAGAAUGUCGCCUACGAUCCACGAGUUGGCUGAGCAGCCUAGUAGCCAGCAGUCGAACGCUACCAAGAAAAACCUGAAAGAUGAAAUUGAAUUGGUUUUGCGGGAACGCAUUAUGGUUUUGGAUGGAGGCAUGGGAACCAUGAUCCAGCAAUGUAACUUGACAGAAGAAGAAUUUCGAAGUCAAGAAUUUAAGGAUCAUCUGAAACCACUAAAGGGAAAUAAUGACUUGUUGAGCAUAACUCAGCCUGACAUAAUCUACAAAAUUCACAAGGAAUACUUGUUGUCUGGCGCUGAUAUCAUUGAAACAAACACAUUCAGCAGCACCAGAACAGCACAAACUGACUAUGGCCUUGAACAUCUGGCGUAUCGGUUAAACAAAGUGUCAGCACAGAUAGCCCAAAAAGCUGCUGCUGAUGUCACUGCUGAAACAGGAAAGAAAAGAUACGUUGCUGGUGCAAUGGGACCCACAAACAAGACCCUUUCUGUCUCCCCUUCGGUGGAAAAGCCAGAUUACAGGAAUGUCACUUUUGAUGAACUAGUGGAAGCGUACACAGAACAAGCCAAAGGACUUCUUGAUGGUGGAGCAGAUAUAAUGUUAGUUGAAACCAUAUUUGAUACAGCCAAUGCCAAGGCAGCUCUCUUUGCUCUCCAAAAGUUGUUUGAAGAAGAGUAUGAUCCUAGACCAUUGUUUGUAUCGGGAACCAUUGUUGAUAAAAGUGGUCGUACUCUCUCUGGCCAGACUGGGGAAGCGUUUGUCAUCAGCAUAUCUCAUAGUGAGCCACUUUGCGUUGGAUUAAACUGUGCCUUGGGGGCAGUGGAAAUGAGACCCUUCAUUGAAACUAUUGGGAAGUGUACAGCAGCCUACAUCAUUUGUUAUCCCAAUGCAGGUCUUCCUAACACCUUUGGUGGUUAUGAUGAAACCCCUGAAGUGACUGCCAAGCACGUAAAGAAUUUUGCCUUAGAUGGUUUGGUGAACAUAGUUGGUGGCUGCUGUGGAACCACUCCAGCACAUAUCCGGGAGAUAGCUGAAGCCGUAAAGGCAUGCAAGCCUCGCAUCCCCACCUCCUCCUUUUCAGAAGGUGACAUGUUGCUGUCAGGUCUGGAACCCUUCAGGAUUGGGCAGUACACCAACUUUGUUAACAUUGGUGAACGCUGCAAUGUUGCAGGGUCAAGAAGGUUUGCCAAACUCAUCAUGGCUGGCAAUUAUGAAGAAGCACUGAGUGUAGCCAAGGCCCAAGUUGAAAUGGGAGCUCAGAUUUUGGAUAUCAAUAUGGAUGAUGGAAUGCUAGAUGGGCCAAGCGCUAUGGCCAGAUUCUGCAACUUCAUUGCUUCAGAACCUGACAUUGCGAAGGUGCCGCUCUGUAUUGACUCUUCAAAUUUCGCAGUGAUAGAGGCUGGGUUGAAGUGCUGUCAAGGAAAAUGCAUAGUGAACAGCAUUAGUCUGAAGGAAGGCGAAGAUGACUUCCUUACAAAAGCAAGAAACAUAAAAAGAUAUGGAGCGGCUGUGGUGGUUAUGGCCUUUGAUGAAGUAGGUCAGGCCACCGAAUCUGCUGAAAAAAUUUCAAUCUGCAGCAGAGCCUACCAUCUCCUGGCGAACAAAGUGGGCUUUAAUCCGAAUGAUAUCAUUUUUGAUCCCAACAUUCUGACCAUAGGUACUGGAAUGGACGAACACAAUCUGUAUGCAGUUAACUUUAUCAAUGCAACUAAAGCCAUAAAAGAAACUCUGCCUGGAGCCAAAAUAAGCGGAGGCCUUUCCAAUCUGUCUUUUUCCUUUCGGGGAAUGGAGGCUAUUCGAGAAGCAAUGCACGGAGUUUUUCUUUACCAUGCCAUUAAGUAUGGAAUGGACAUGGGGAUUGUGAAUGCAGGAAAUCUGCCAGUGUAUGAUGAUAUCCAUAAGGAGCUUUUGCUGUUGUGUGAAGAUUUGAUUUGGAAUAAGGACCCAGAUGCGACAGAGAAACUUCUGCGUUAUGCACAGACUCAUGCUCAAGGAGGAAAGAAAGUGGUGCAGACUGAUGAAUGGAGAAAUGGAUCUACAGAAGAAAGACUGGAGUAUGCCCUUGUCAAGGGUGUUGAGAAAUAUGUGAUUGAGGACACAGAGGAGGUGAGAUUAAACAAAGAAAAGUAUCCCAGACCUCUCAAUAUAAUUGAGGGUCCUCUAAUGAAUGGCAUGAAAACAGUAGGUGAUCUUUUUGGAGCUGGCAAGAUGUUUCUUCCACAGGUGAUCAAAUCCGCUCGUGUUAUGAAGAAGGCUGUUGGUCAUCUGAUUCCCUUCAUGGAAAAGGAAAGAGAGGAAAUGCGUGCAUUGUCGGGUUCCGUAGAAGAAGAGGAUCCUUAUCAUGGCACGAUUGUGUUAGCUACAGUGAAAGGUGAUGUACAUGACAUUGGCAAGAACAUUGUGGGAGUUGUUCUGGGCUGCAAUAAUUUCAGAGUUAUUGAUUUGGGAGUCAUGACACCAUGUGACAAGAUACUCAGAGCUGCUCUUGAGAACAAAGCAGAUAUCAUUGGUCUGUCUGGUCUCAUCACACCCUCUUUGGAUGAGAUGAUUUUUGUUGCCAAAGAGAUGGAGAGAUUAGAAAUCAAGAUUCCUUUGCUGAUUGGAGGAGCAACUACUUCCAAAACACAUACAGCAGUAAAAAUUGCUCCACGAUAUACCGCUCCUGUUGUUCACGUCCUGGAUGCUUCAAAGAGUGUGGUGGUUUGCUCUCAGCUUUUAGAUGAGAAUCUAAAGGAUGACUUCUUUGAAGAAAUACAAGAGGAAUAUGAAGACCUUAGACAGGACCACUAUGAUUCUCUCAAGGAAAGGAAAUAUUUAUCUCUAGAGCAAGCGAGGAACAGAGGAUUUUAUUAUAAUUGGCUAACGGCAUCUAAACCAGUUAAACCACUAUUCCUUGGCACUAGAGUCUUUGAAGAUUAUGAUGUGCAGAAGCUGGUGGAAUACAUUGACUGGAAGCCUUUUUUUGAUGUCUGGCAGCUUAGAGGCAAAUACCCCAACCGGGGAUUUCCUAAAAUCUUCAAUGAUAAAGCAGUGGGAGAAGAGGCAAAAAAAGUCUAUAAUGAUGCUCAGAACUUGCUGAAAACUUUGAUUAUCCAAAACAAAUUUAAAGCUAAAGGUCUGGUUGGAUUUUGGCCAGCUCAGAGUAUUCAAGAUGACAUUUAUUUAUAUGCCACAGAAGAGGAAUUACAGUCUUCAGAACCAAUAGCUAAAUUUUGUGGGUUAAGGCAACAGGCUGAGAAAGACUCUUCUUCUACAGAUCCCUAUUACUGCUUCUCUGAUUUUAUAUCCCCUCUGGAGUCUGGUAUUCCUGAUUAUUUGGGUAUAUUUGCUGUGGCAUGUUUUGGAGUAGGUGAACUAUGCAAGGAAUAUGAGAAACAGUCAGAUGAUUACAAUAUUAUAAUGGUGAAAGCACUGGGAGAUCGGUUAGCAGAGGCGUUUGCAGAGGAACUUCACGAAAGGGUCCGGAAAGAAUUUUGGGCUUACUCUGAAAAUGAACAGCUGGAAUUUUCAGACCUGCGUAGGAUUAGAUAUGAUGGUAUUCGUCCAGCUCCUGGGUAUCCAUGUCAGCCUGACCACACUGAAAAAUGCACCAUGUGGAGACUUGCAAACAUUGAAGAGGCAACAGGUAUUCAGCUAACAGAAUCCUUAGCGAUGAUACCUGCUUCCUCAGUAUCAGGUCUCUACUUUUCCAAUCCUGAAUCCAAAUACUUUGCUGUUGGGAAAAUAUUGAAAGAUCAGGUUGAAGAUUAUGCCCUAAGGAAAGGCAUGCCUAUGGCAGAAGUUGAAAAAUGGCUGGGGCCCAUUCUUGGAUAUGAUCCAGAAUAACUGUAUGUUUAUUGAGGAUGGGGUGGGGAUGGGAUUUUUGUCUUGAAGAAAAGAAUAACCUCAGAACUAGUGCACAAGAAACAGUUGCCAUGUGAAGGCCAUUUUAAUGUCUACCUAUGGCAACACCUCCCACAAUGGCAGUGGAGCAAACCUUUUAAGUUUUUUGUCACCAUAGGAAGUCAAUUAAAGUGGCUAACAUAUGGUGACUAUACAGGUUCACAUGUGUCAUUUUGCUUCUUAUUAAAAGGUCGUUCCAGUUGGUUUUUGGAGCCUAAUCUAAAUGAGAUGAAUAUACAUGAAAUCACAUGUUCCUGACUUGCUAAGUUGUGGGGUGUUUUAAUAGAAAAGUUUAGUAUUUAAAUGUGCCCUUAGUAGAGCGCUAAUGAAAUGCUACGCAAAUCCCAUAACCCAUAAUUAUCUCCUUGUAGGACUAUUGUGACUGGGUUGAGUGUAGCCUUUAUAUUUAUUUGUGUCCACAAGAAUUAAGUUAAGACAAAUAUUUGCACUGAUGUGUCCCACUGACUGGGAAUGUGAAUAUAAUCACAGGACACUUAUCUUUAAUUGGACUGUGUGUAUACAUAUUUGCAAAUAGUCAGAUAUCAGACAGAUAUAAGUGCCGUGAUUCUAAUUUCCCCAAGUAACUCCAAUUUUCAGAAUUCCUAAACACAUUUCCUGAUUGCUCACCUUAGUGCAGCUAUCUGGUAGACCCAGCAGAAAUCAUGUAGUUCUUGGAACUUUUAUAAUUUCUGCUUGUAAGAUAGUUAUAUUCACAGGUAUUUGAGCCUUCUGUUCCAUUAUUACUGAAAAAUGUUCUUUUGUCUGUGUUUUUUAUAUAUAUACCAAUAGCAGCCACAAUGUUAGGCCAUAAAUCUUUAUGUGUUUACUUCUUAAAGUGUGGGAUCACACUAGCUUACCCCACUGCCAUAAUGAGGUCAAUCUCUUGAAAUCUCUAUUGAGUUUUUUGAAGGCCUAUAUGAUUCUUUGGAUUUUCCCCACUGUGGCUCAUCUUUAUUCUGGUGGCAUUGGUUUGAGAGUUUAAAUUAGUAGCUUAUAGUUCCACAGAAGGAUUUCAAGCAUUUUAUCCUGUAGUCUGAGAAUAGCACCCCUUCUUAUUCAAAGAAGCAUAUCAUUCAUAAAUGGGGUUUGAUAGGUUUUGCCUAAGGCCUCAAUAAAGUGAAAGUAAAUGGGUUUACAUUUCUUUAGUCACAAUAAAAAAAAUCUAAUGUUGUUAAAAUUGACAAGUUUCAGUCCCAAGAGCAAUAGAUUAGGCCUGACUCCAGAAAACAAGGUAAACAUGAGACUAAGUCUGACAUUCUGAAAGGUCAAAUAAGUCAUUUCAAGAACAGAGAAAAUGUCAUGGACAAUUCUUAAAACUUUUUCCAGAUGAAUGGAUAUACAGGUAUUUUGCUAGUCAGCAUGUGAUGUGCUGAGCUGAUAAAACAACUCAACACUGCAUGCUAAAAGGUUGUUGGAGGACCCUUGUUUCAUUAUUUGAGCAUCAUGGGAGUUGCUGCAGCAUGGCUUCUUCCCAUACCAUUUGAGUAACAUAGGUAGCCCCUGACCACAUUGGAGAAGCUCAUGAUGUGUCUUAUUACAGUUAAUGCAGAGAUGAGGAACCUUUAGCCCUCCAGGCAUUGCUGGACUAAACUCCCAUCAUCUCUAACCAUUAUUCAUGCUGGUUGGGGACAGAUGGAAGUUGCAGUCCAACGGCACCUGGAGGGCUACAGGUUCUCCACAGCUACACUAGAGUGUUGCCCUUGUUUCCAUGCUGGCAUUGAAUGGAGCUGUAUCAUGAUUUUUUCCCCCUACAUGAUCUUGGACUUCUGAUGUUGCCCAAUUCACUUAGGUAAAAUCAGGUGAUCCCUUUACCAAAUGCCUAUCUCUAACAUGAUUGAGGCCAUCAGUAGGGCAACAUGUGUUAAGGAAACAGAAAUAUGUCUCAAGUAUUCCAUUUGACUAAAACUGCUGAAAGACAAGCGGCAAAGGGUCAGUAAGGUUAUACAAGCUACAUAGACAAACAGUGGUCUGGUUCGCACCUCAUGCUUAGCCAAACCACAGCUUAGUGCAAAUGCAUGGGCUCCCAGAGAAGAGAUCACAGCCAUUUUGCUCCUCUAGGUGUUUUUUACAGAUGCACUGAGCUAAGCCAUGGUAUUGUUUAGCAUGUCAUUGAAACCUGGGCACAUGUUUUCACUCUCCUGACAAACCAUAAGGGAUAAACUAUAGGCAAACCUGGGUUUGGAUGAUAUGCCAAGCCGUGGCUUAGCUCCGUACAGCAGCAGAACGACUGUGAAGGAGGAAAGUAUCUGUGAUCUAAUCUCCCAGAGCCCACACACUAAGCCAUGGUUUAGCCUAAUGUGGUUUGGCUUAGUGUGAUAUGCAAACCAGGCCUAUGAAUGGAAAAUCUGCUGCUUGCUUCCUGAAAGUUUGUUUUGUGUUCCUCAGUUACUCAAUCAGCCUGUACACUAGGCUAGCAAAGCUGCCUUAGGAUGCUAUUGCUUCUGUGAUGCAACUUGCUUAGCAACUGAUAUCAACAAAAACAAGAACUUUGAUUCUUAAACUGUUAAACAAAAUAACAUAUUCAUGGCACUGUGGACCUCAGCAAGAAAUAUGGAAAUGGUUAUUUGAAUAGUCACAGCUUUUGUGUGCUUCAUGUAACAGUCCAUUAUUCUGACUUUCAGAAUGUCUUUUAUUAUAAAUGCAUAUUGAGAUUGAGUUUCAAAAGUUUGCCAUUAAAAUUUGGUUCAAUAUAAGAUAAA